AUGAGGUCUCUGCUGCGUUCUUUACUCCUUUGUCAUCUUCUUUGCACUUUUUUUGGCAUUGCUGCCGCUUUUUCUCCCUCAGGUGGUUAUGCUCCAGGCAGAACUUCAUGUCCAAGUAACUCGUCCUUCAUCAGAGAAGGAACGUCCAUUUCGGAGAACGAAAGGGAAUGGAUAGAGAGUCGUCACGAUAAGACAAACGCUGCUAUUCUCCAUUACUUGGAAAAUGCUGGCCUCGAAGACUUCGAUCUGUCAUUGAUCUCCGACUCCAAUCUGUCCAUCAACAUUGCAUUAGCUUUCUCUGGCGGAGGUUAUCGAGCCAUGCUUUCUGGUGCAGGUCAAUUGGCUGCUUUAGAUAAUAGAUCCAGCAAUGCUCUCUUGGGUGGAGUGCUCCAGAGCUCGUCGUAUAUUGCUGGAUUGUCUGGAGGGUCAUGGCUCUUGAGUCUGUUGUAUUUCCAGAACUUUCCUUCCAUUGACGAAGUUGUGCUUGAAGACCCCUACAGUGUAUGGGACUUAACUGCUUCCAACAGUUUGGUUAACACAUCGAACUAUGUCACGUUACUUUGGAGCAUUAUCACCACCAAUUACUACAAAGCUAUCACUCAUGCCAGAUACUGGAUCUACGGUGACAAUGAGGGCAUCAGUAACGAUGUGGCCGAGAAGCAAGCUGCUGGAUUUCCUACUUCGCUUACAGACGUAUGGGGCAGAGGUUUAGCUCACCAGUUAUUUCCAGAAGGAACCAACAAUUGGCUCAGUGGAGCAACUUGGUCGGACAUACGGCAAAUCUCUUCCUUUGCUAACCAUGAAAUGCCAUUUCCUUUGGUGACUGCGUUGGCUCGUAGACCCAGCUCGUUGGUGUACGAUUUGAACUCGCCAAUUGUGGAGUUUAAUCCAUACGAAAUGGGCUCGUUCGAUACCUCCAUCAACACUUUCCACGACGUCAAGUACUUGGGCACCAAGGUCUCCAAUGGUGUAGCGAACGGCACUUGUAUUCAAGGAUUUGACAAUGCAGCCUUUGUUCUUGGCACCUCUUCGUCGCUUUUCAACCAAUAUCUCAACACUUUGGCCUGUGAUGACUGUGACACCUACACUGGGUUGACAAAGUUUUUCCUUAAGAGGUUUUUGACUUACAUGUCCAAAAACUACAUCGACAUUGCAUUAUACAAACCCAAUCCCUUCUUCGGAUCCAAGUUCUCGUCUUCGGACAAUAUUACCAAUAGUGAAACUCUCUAUCUUAUGGAUGGAGGAUUGGCAGGCGAGAUCAUCCCACUCUCCACACUUAUGGUCAAAGAAAGAGCAUUGGAUCUUGUAUUUGCAUUCGACAACAACGGUGCAAAAUGGCCCAACGGAGAAGCUGUCAUCAGCACUUACGAGAGACAAUUCACUUAUGAAGGUAAAUCGACUGUGUGCCCAUACAUUCCCGGGGAGUCCACAUUUGGAUACUUCAACUUGACAGCCAAACCCACAUUCUUCGGAUGUGACGCUAAGAACUUGACAGACUUAUCCAAAGACGGUGUAGUGCCUCCGAUCGUGGUGUACAUUGCAAACAGACCUUUUGAGUUUUACUCCAACACUUCCACUACCAAGCUCACAUAUACGGACCAGGAAAAGAAAGGUAUGAUUACCAAUGGAUUUGAUGUGGCUUCGCAAUUAAAUGGAACAUUUGGCGAAGAUUUGAGAGCAUGCAUUGGCUGUGCCAUGAUCAGAAGAGAACAAGAGAGACAAGGUAUCGAACAAUCCGAUCAAUGUAAGCAAUGUUUUGAGAACUAUUGCUGGGACGGACAGACGUAUGAGAAUCCCAACUAUUAUCAGCCUAUCAACUUCACGGGCGACGGUUUGACUAAUGGAACCAUGAAAUUAUGGGGGAACAACACAUACAUCUCGUCAUCGGCCACAGCCACCUCGUCAUCACUGGGAACUACAUCCAUUUUCGUCAAGAUCUUCAACUGGAUUAAAAGUUUGUUCUAA